AGAAUUCAUGUUAAAUUCUAAAGUACAUUAGAACUUUUUUGCUUGGGAUAGAAAAGUCUUAAUUCUAUAAUUCUCAAUACUAAUUCCCCUAUUUUUCUAGAGGAUCUUUCAGGGAGCAUAAAAAUUGUAGGGAAGAGAGAAUCAGCAAAACAUUCAAUAUGACUGCCCAUCUGUUUUUUGUUCUUGGAAAUAUUUGAAAUAGUGAACAAUUGCCUUCUCAUUUCCUAUCCAUAUAAUUUGAAGAAACUAAUAGUAUAUAUUGGAAACUAGGUAUUUUUUACAAGUGGGCUAUUCAACCAAUAAAUGAUUCUAAAACAUCAUCCCUGACCACUUGAGAAUGUUUGGGGGCAACAGAUGGAAAGAAAACCUCUGAUUAAGACAUGUGUUUUAAAUGGCCAGAUUCAUGCAUGAUGCUAAAUCAAACCAAACAACCUUAUCAUGAUGUGUUUAUCUGGACUUAAUGUUUUCUUCUUUGUAUGUAAUUUUUAUACAUGUUUUAUUUUACAGAUCCACAGUGGGCACACUUCUGGCAGAUAAGCUAGGCUGGAAAUUCUAUGAGGGUGAUGACUAUCAUCCAGAGGAGAACAGAAAGAAAAUGGCUGAAGGAAUACCUCUAACUGACCAGGAUAGGAUACCAUGGCUUUGCCACCUACAUGAUAUAUUAAUGAGAGAAGAUGCAUCUGGACAAAGUGUCAUUUUAGCUUGUUCAGCUCUCAAAAAAGUGUAUCGGUGCAUUUUGGAGAACGGAGAGGCUGGAUGUCAGAGUUUGAACAAUCAACAAGAAGAAAAAGAGUCUGCUCCAAGAAAGAUCCUUUUUGUCCACCUGGCAGGGCCAAUAGAGCUCAUUGCCAGCCGCCUAGAAAAAAGAAGGGGACAUUUCAUGCCACCAAGUCUACUCCAAUCUCAGUUUGAUACUCUUGAACCUCCAUGUGCGCCAGAAAAUUUUAUCACUGUUAGCUUGGAAAAGCCUGUUUCAGAAACUGUAUCUGAAAUCGAAAGACAUCUUAGAAGUUUGUAUUGAUGUUUCUCCAGGCUUUCUUGUUUUGGAGCCUGAUAACCGCAAAUAAAUGUUCCUCUCCAGUAAUGGUAUCCCAUUUUCUUCAUUACGGGUUCGGUAGCGGGAGCCCAUGCGCAUAAGGUCCAUGAUGAUGUCUGGGUGGGUGGGCAGAGCCUUGCGCCGCCACCACUACCGGUUCACCCGAACUGGUGUGAACCAGCAGAAUACCACCUCUGUUACUCUUGCAUAAUGUAUUCUCCUGAUUAAGCAACAUAUUUAUGUGUUAUUUACUAUACUUGUAGCAUGAACAGAAAAUUAAGCCUGCCUAGUUUUUUUAUUUAUUCAUUAUCUUAUACUAUUUUUUUAAUUGUAUCAUAAUAUUGACAUUUAUUUUAAAAAUUGCAGUUGAAAGUUUAAGAUAAAACAAACUCUUGGUGAGCAGUCAUAUACUUCACAUACUUGCUGGGUGAGAGAGAAGACUGCUGCUGCAUUUGGUAAAAUGGAAUAUCAGAAAACAUAUAGCAGUAUCCUUGAAUCAAGUGGAAAGGGAUACCAUUGUAAUUUAAUAGUAGUAAAAUGCUGUCAAAAAAACCUAGAAUUGGAACAUUGAAAGCAGCAGGACUGCUUAUUCUAAGGUGGCUAAUGCAAAACCAUACUCUGCAUCUAUCUAUCCAGCAAGGGCAUAUUAUUUUUACUGAGGACUCUACAUUUUAUUUUGUAUUAAAAGGCAAAAUCAUAACAUCAAAACUCACUUUUGUCAUCAUAUUUUAUUUUAAAUUAUAUAGUCACCCAUCUCAGCAUGAUGAAUCCUGGAGGCUAACAAUGGUUAAUAUCCAACAUAAUAAACACCACAAGCCCAGAUUCAUAGUUACCUCUUCAAAGCUUUACCAACAGGAGUAAGAAUAAUUUAUAAUGUUCCAAACAGCAGGCACAACAAUUGAAAGAUAUUCUUUCUAGGUCCCACCAGUUGGCAUUUAUUUAUUUAUUUGAGGGUCUUGUCUCCUGCAAGCAGCACCUUCGCUUGAACCUAGAAAUCAUUACUAGAGUUUUACAAUAGGAGUACCUAUAUGACAUUAGAUUCCUACUCUGAUCUACCUUGAAGGUCUGAUAGGUAGGGGUAAGCUCUUCUUCAUCCACCCCCUCCCCCCUAUCUUCAAUGCUGAGAAAACAUCCGCAGGAUCCCUUGGUUGGUCAGUAGUAAAGAGAUAAAGCCAGGUAUUGGAAUAUUGAUAUUUCAUCCCAUGCUUUCAGAUAGCUUCACCAGCAGUUUCAUGUAAAUGUUAGUAGAGAGUGGUGAGGUACCAUCUAGAAUCUGCCCCAUAGGAAGGAGAGAACCAACAUAACCCAGUGCUGUUUACUUCCAACCAACCAAGUUGGUUCAUAAGACUACCAGGAUUAAUUGUAUGGAAAGCCACUCAGAUUUUAAAAGGAGGAUGUGUACAGUACACCAUUCGAAUUCUGCUCCUGCCAAAAUGUCAGGCACAACCAGACCUGUGUGUAAGGUUCACCUCUUUAUUAUAUCCUGUCUAUUAUACAGGAAUCCCUCCAGACUGCCAGCCUUAGCCAAGUAACAGGUAAGAUUCUAUGGAGCUCAAGGGGGAGUCAGUUCUGAACCUCUUGCAGCUGCUCAAAGACUUGAGGUUAAUUCCGUGCUCUAGGCUUCCCCGCUCUCUGGUUGGAGGUUUCCCAGAUCAUCUACAAGCACAAUGUAGUUUUACUGUCUGACAGCAGAACUCAAGACUCUACUCUGAAAAAGCUCCUCUAACUGAAUCAGUGGAAUAUCAGCCUCAGGAGGCACCAAGUCAGGAAUCACCUAUGACUGAUCAAACCCAGGCACUAUCAGAACAGCUAGAUGAAAUUCUGCUUCUUAAGCUCUCAGACUUUGGAAGUCCAAAGAGACUACCUGGAGAGCAGAGCAAAAUCACUCAAUAAGGUUCCUUGCAACAAAAAAAAAGGUAUUACUAUCUUAAUUAAACAUAGCUAGUGGCAGUUGUGAACCAUAUUCUUCUGUGGGAAACAAUUAUCUGAUCUCCUGUUGUGUCAUUCCUGUGAAUUCGGGUCAUAUAAAAUCCUGAAACUUGACUUUGGAGCUAGGUGACAAAUCUGACUUGGGUAUCUGAACUCUGGACUGGAUUUUGACCUCUGUAUAUUCCUAUUGAAAGCAAAAGUGCAUAGACAAGCUUUCUUUCCCAGAGCCUGUUUGAUUUACACUUCUUUUCUUUCCUUGUCUGCUCUUCAUCUACUCAAUCUUGAAUAAAUUUCUAUUCUCACCUAGCAACUGUGGGUGUGGGCGAGUUCAAAACCUGGUCUCGGUUUCAUGCCCAGAUCUGAAUCCUAAGAGGUCCAGAUAAUUUGCUUCCAUGUUAAUAUUCUCUACAAACCUCCCCUUUUAAAGAAACAAUGACAUCACACCUUCACUCAAAGAAUUCACCAGUUAAAAUCCAAUCACAUCAUUUCAAAAGAUAUGGAUCUAAAUAUACAGCUGGUUGAGCUGGUGUAUGUAGUCUUCAGUUACUAUCCAUUCAGUUAACAUUUGAAGUUAUGAAGGCACUGAAUGAGACUUGCAGCUAGUCCUCAAAGUUGUGGCCAUCAGAGUCCUGGAGUCAUGAUUGCCAUUUGCAACCUUCACUGCUGACUGGACAGUCAACGGGAAAGCGGGCAGACUGCAAAUGGUGAUUACAUGACAUUGAAUCUAAAAACUGGAACUGCUUAACUACUAUUGUAAUGGUUGCAUACAACCAUCAGUGUAGUCAAAUGACAUUGUACUUUAUGACUCCGUUGCGUAAUGAUGGAAUUACUGGUCCCAAUUACUAUUAUUAGUAAUUACUCUCCUAAGGCAUACUUAACUCAUCUUAAAGUAUCUAACCCUCAGAGGGCCUUUACUCUGGCACACCCACACCUUAUUUGUCCUUGAAGGCCAAUACAAGAUCAUCCCUACCCAGAGAGACAAGGCCUGUGACUCUGGAUAUGCAUAAACUACAGAACAUGCAUAUUCAUCAUUACUACAUAAAAAACGAGGAGACAAAAAAACCAAUUUUACACGUCCCUGCAGCUCUUGGAUACCAUGCCUGUCACGUUGCCAAGUUCUGCACAGCCACUCUUAAAAUUAACCAGAUAACCCAUGCCACAAACCAGUUUUAUUAUCUAGCUUUUUGUUCUAGUGCCUUAUAUUUUGUUUCCUGUGCUCCCCUAUGUCCAUCUAUUUGCUUCUACCUCUCCAUUUAGGACUUGUUUUUAUAUUUUAGCUGUUUAUAAUUGUAUUGCAUUUUUAAAUAUUUUAAUGUAUUCCAUUCCCCUCAUGCUAGCCUUGACCUUAAUAAAGGUUUGAUUUGAUUUGUUGACCAAGUGCUGUGGUCCAAAACCUCUACAGGUAUUCCUUGACUUAUGACUGUAAUACAGCUUGCCUAUUACAGUCCUAAGUCAUGACAGUUGUAAAAUGGGUUAGCCAUGUAACUGACCUAUUUUAUGUCAGUCAUUAAGCAAGUUCAUUGUUUGCUAUGAGCCAAUUACCCCCCCCCCCAAAGAAACCCAGAAGGAAAUGCCAGGUUUUGGCAGAAACGCC